GCGUCGCUCCGCAGCCGCGGCGGCCGCCUGCGAGCGGGGAGCGGAGCGGACGGAGCCAACAUGGCGGCGCCGAGCCUGGGCCGGGCCUGAGCCCGAGGCCGCGGCGGCCUCAGCCCGGGCAGCCCCGCAGCGGGGCCGGCGCAGCGGAGCGGGGGCCGAGCCGGCGGGCAUGGCGGGGGCGGUGUGAGAGGGCUCCUCGGCGGCGCCUGUGCGUGAGGGGACGGGCCCGGGCCCAGGCCGCCUCCCCCCCCCCCCCCCCCCGCCCUCGGCGCGGCCCGGUACCGGGCAGCGGCAGCGCAGGAGAGGCCGCGGGUCCCGCGGGAUGGGGGCUUAGCGGGGGCCGCCGAGCCGCUCUCCUCGGCCACCCGCGGGGCAGCCCCCUCGGGCCGGCGGCCCCUCGCCGCCCUCCCCGCCGCUGCCGCUCCCGGGGCCCGGCGGGGAGAAGACAGGGCCGCUCCGGUUCCCGGAGCUCCGACCGAGAAGCUUUGAAAAGCCUCGGGGGCUCCCGGGCUGCGGGGGGGCCGGGGCCGGGGCCGGGCUGCGGGAGGUGCCGGUAACGGAGAGGGAAGAGCCGCGCAGCGAAGCCUUGGCCGCCUCCGGGUAACCCCGGCCGGGUCGUUUCGCGCAAUAUUUUCGGGAGCUUUAAGCUUCGCUUCUGGAAGAACCAGAGUUUUUAUUUUUGAGUAUUUAAUAGAGGCGUAGGGCAGCGUGGCUGCGGAGGCUGGGACGAGGCGCUGGGCCCAGCUUGCCGAGCUGGCCGUGUCCUGGGGGAUAAACUGGUCCCGGGAAGGAGACGGGCGCUCUGAUUGCGAGUAAGCGCAGAGGAGAAGGUAUGGGCUGAAUUUUAAAAGAAUAACCCAGUUCAGGUGACCUUCUCUUGGCUUCGUUAUUAAGGUUUAUCACUUCACCCGAUCCAGUUUCGGGGGGAAUUGCUAUACAAAGAAAGCAAAUCGAGGUUUAAGGUAAUCUGAGCACCCUGCCCAUUGCCUGCAUCUGUGAGGCCGGCGUUAAGUCCUGCUGGUAAGAAGGGAACAGGGGAGGUAGUUCUUCAGGAAUGGUCUUUUUUUAAAAAAGAAAUGACCUAGAGAGCGCAGGGUGAGUUCUGGACUUUUAAUUUUCCUCCUCCCUAUGUCAAUAAAUUAUUAAGUAGGAAAAAGAGAAGGUUUUGGAGGAAAAAAAAAAAAAAAAUUUGGGUGGCUUCUGGCAAGUCGACCAGCUUUAACACUGACCGCCGGUACCCGACUCUGGACGUUUGGCUUCCCCGCUGCAAGAGCCAUACGUGAAACUGCAGGCGCUGCCGCGGUUUUGUUGGGUAGUUUAUUUAAAGAGUCAAGGAGAAAAGGGGAUAGAAGACUUCUUAAAAACACUCUCGCUUGGCUGCUGUUCGAAGUGUGGAUAUAAGCAAGACCAGAAGAGCUCCUCGUUAAGCGCGCCGGACGGAGGAGGCUGGGAUUGGGCUGCUCCGGAAAUUUCACCUCAGAGCCAAAUUUCGACUUGAAGUUGGGUUUUGUGACUUCUGAGCCCCAUCCGGGCAGGAAUGUGCUGUCAGGAGGGUUGCGGUGCUGAGAGGAGCCCCUGGCUCGGCGCGUGCCCGCUGCGGUGGAAGAUGGCCACCUUCAAACGGAGCCGAGCACAAGCCUGGCCGGAGGAGCGGGGCGACCGGGAGCACGGGCUGUACAGCCUGCACCGCAUGUUCGACAUCGUGGGCACGCACCUGACCCACCGGGACGUGCGGGUGCUCUCCUUCCUCUUCGUGGACGUGAUCGACGACUACGAGAGGGGGAUGAUCCGCAGCGGCCGGGACUUCUUGCUGGCGCUGGAGCGGCAGGGCCGCUGCGACGAGACCAACUUUCGGCAGGUGCUGCAGUUGCUGCGGAUCAUCACGCGCCACGACCUGCUGCCCUACGUCACCCUCAAGAGGCGACGGGCCGUGUGCCCGGACCUGGUGGACAAGUACCUGGAGGAGACGUCCAUUCGCUACGUGACGCCCCGAGCUCACAGCGAGGCAGAGCACGGGCUCGGCCACCCCCAUAAAUCAGUGCCUCCCCACCACCCCGUGGUCUGCUGCUCCCCCGCGGGACCCCAGAUCUGUACCAAGAGGCCCGGCCGCGGCAGGACCCUCCUCAGCAGCCAGCGCAAGAGGAGGAAGUCGGCGACGCCGGACCCUAAGGAGAAGCAGACCUGUGACAUCCGCCUGCGAGUCCGAGCCGAGUACUGCCAGCACGAGACGGCGCUUCAGGGCAACGUCUUCUCCAACAAGCAGGACCCCUUGGAGCGCCAGUUCGAGCGCUUCAACCAGGCCAACACCAUCCUGAAGUCCCGGGACCUGGGCUCCAUCAUCUGUGACAUAAAAUUCUCAGAGCUCACCUACCUCGACGCGUUCUGGCGCGAUUACAUCAACGGCUCCUUGCUGGAAGCCCUCAAGGGCGUCUUCAUCACGGACUCGCUCAAACAAGCCGUGGGCCACGAAGCCAUCAAACUGCUGGUCAAUGUGGACGAGGAGGAUUACGAGGUCGGGCGCCAGAAACUCCUGAGGAACUUGAUGCUGCAGACGGCUCCCUGACGGCUGCUCGGUGGGAUCCAAGCUUUUUCCUUCUCCUUUUUUUUUUUUUUUUUUUUCCUUUUUUUUUUUUUUUUUUUUUCUAAAAGAAAAGGAAAAGAUGAUUGAAACCCCCACCCGGUACUGUGCGACUCUGGGUUCGGAGCCGGGCUGGAGCCACGGGGAGCGCCGGAGGCUUACGUGUGUCCUCGCCCCUUUCCUGUCCUGUCACCUCCUCUCUCGCUUUGUUUUCCUUUUUUCUCUUUAUUUUGUAUCCAUUAAAAACAAAACAACAAAAAAAAAAAA